AAAUACACGUGGAAGAAGACUGAGGUAUUUUAUUUAACAAUUUCUAUAUAAAAAGGCUGCAUAAAAAUGUUACAUCAUCAGUGGGUCUACUAGUAACAUUAUAUCAAGCUCGUAACUAUCAACGAACACCAUGUUCAUGCCGAUUGUUCUGACGACGGUCUGCCUUGCUAGCUGUACGGUCCUGGCGGCAUAUGAUAAACCAUACUACGACGUGGAAGAUGCUGAGAACCUUUUUCAGAACUAUGUUCAAGAGCAUGAGAAAGUAUACAACCGAAGAGAGUAUUAUGAAAGGCUUGAGAUUUUCAAGGAAACCUUGAACGAUAUUAAUGAGCGUAAUGCCAUGUUUCCUGACACUGUAUUUGCAGUAAACCACUUUGCUGAUCUAAAGCCUCAUGAGCGGUUACAAUACAACGGUUUAAAACUCCCAAGUGGAAAUAGGACGAAAGCGGUACUCCUUGAUUUGCCCGAAGCUACGGCUACUGAAUGGGACUGGAGGAAAAAAGAUGCGGUUUCUCAUGUUAAGAGACAAGGAAAUUGUGGCAGUUGCUAUAUUUUCAGUGCUGUUGGUGCAAUUGAAGGGCAAUACGCUAUCAAACACAAACAAUGCCCAGCCUUCUCAGAAGGACAGGCCCUCGACUGUCUCGAUUGUGGAACUUGUCAUGGAGGGUUGAUGCAUUACGUUUUCCAAGAAUUAGCUCAGACAAAGAAAAAGUUGGAGAAGGAAGAAGACUAUCCCUAUACAGAAAAACAACAACACUGUCAUGAAGAUCAGAGUAAGGGAGUUGUCUUGGUAAAAGAUGGUCAUGAAGUAGAAAUGCCCAACGAAGAAGAGCUGAAGAAACUGUUGUCAUACUAUGGACCUCUAUCAGUUGGUGUAAACUCCGUUGACUUCCAUCAUUAUGAGCGUGGAAUACUAGAACCUAACCUGUGUAAGGGAUUACAAAUAAACCAUGGCGUGCUGUUGGUGGGAUACGGAGAAGAAAAUGGCAAACAGUACUGGCUGAUUAAAAACUCGUGGGGGGCGAAUUGGGGCGAGAAAGGCUAUGUGAGACUGAGGCGAGGAGUCGGCGCGUGCAAAUUGGGCACGGGUUACACUGCUGUCGUCUAUGUUGAAUAACCUACACUUAACAUUGAUCCGUUACUCGCUUUCUAAAUAAUUAGCGAAAUUCUAAUUCGAACCUAAGGAUGACAAAUGCCAACUGGUUUGCACGUCGCGUAUUGUACGAUCUCUCUUCAUACCAGUAGGCAAAUGGCGGAAAUUUGCAGAACUAACUAGCUAUCUGCUGCGAUCUCUUAAAUUAUUUUAUUUUUUAAGUUUUAUUAGUAACAUUGACCUUAUGAAUAAUAAAAUAAAAUUAUUUUUUUG